CCAGAGUGAUUGACAGCUGAGCCGCUUAAAGCUUCAGGAGCGGAGCUGCGCUGGGAAACGACACAACUGUUCCCUUUAUAGGAAAACACAAACAACAAAACUGAGGAUUUAAACACGUGUCUGGACUUUUACGGAGUUUUUAAGGGCUUUUUUUUUUUCUUUUUACUUUUUCACUUAGGACGAACAGCUAGAGAGAAGAGGAUAACCGCCAGCAUGCUCGCUCGUCCAUGACGUCCCAGCUGCAGCAGCACGGAGGCCACCAGCUACCCUCCGGGAGCCCAGCGACGGAGCCUGAACCUGGGGCUGACAGAGCCAGGUAAUGCGACGCCACCACCCUCUGAAACAUGCCAUAACCACCUGACGACGGGCAAAAUGAUGGCGUCGGUGGUUGUCGGGGGCAACCGGAAGAAGUCCCUCACGUUGAGAGGCGUCGAUCCGGAAACCUGCAUGAUCGUGUUCAAGAACCACUGGGCACAGGUUGUGAAGAUCCUGGAGAAACAUGAGCCGGGCCGUGGGGGCGGCAGCGCCUUGAGUUUCCUCUCUGGUCACGGCAGCAGCAGCAGCAGCAGUGGCAGCUCUGGAGGGUUACGUCUUGGCCCCAUCCCGGCCGACGAAGCCAGCGCUGUCCAGAACUAUGUGGAACACAUGCUCUUUCUGCUGAUGGAAGAGGAGUCGGGGCAGGGAGGAGCGAUGGGUCCUAUCCUGGAGUUUGUGGUCCUGGAGGGUGUGAUGGAGAGGCUGUUUCUGUGGAGCCUGAGGAGACAGUUCACAGAGGACAUGAAGCUGGAGCAGCUCAGGAUGUACCAGAUGCUUCUGUCUCAGGCCAGACAGCCUCUACUGCACCAUAAACCGGUUCUACGGCCCCUCAUGAUGCUGCUCGCCUCCUGUGCUGGAGCUGCGACCGACAGUGGCGGUGUGGUGGAGGCGGAGCUCGUCCUCCUGUUGAACCAGCUCUGUGUGGCUCUGGUCAAAGAUCCCUCAGUGCUGGAGCUGUUCUUCCACACCAGUGAGGACCAGGGAGCAGCAAACUUCCUGCUGUUCUCUCUGCUCAUACCAUAUACACACAGACAGGGUUCAGUCGGUCAACAGGCCCGAGACGCUCUGCUGCUCAUCAUGUCUCUGUCGGCCUCUGAGCCUCGCGUCGCUCAGCACAUCGCACAGAACACAUACUUCUGUCCUGUGCUGGCCACAGGUCUGUCCGGUCUGUACUCGUCUCUUCCAGCCAGGCUGCAGGUUUACAGUGAAGACUGGCACUGUCUGGACGAGGCUGACUGGCAGCAGGUUCCAGCUCUUGUACACUUCCUGCACUCUCUGGACUUCUGCAGUGCUGUUACCAAGGUCGCUCAUCCCUCGAUUCGGUCCCAGCUGUUGGGUUACAUCCACAAUGGCUUCCUCGUGCCUGUGCUCGCUCCAGCUCUACACAAGCUGACAGUGGAGGAGGUGAUGACCACCACAGCGUACCUGGAUCUCUUCCUGCGCUCCAUCUCCGAGCCCGCCCUCCUCCAGACCUUCCUGUCAUUCAUCCUGCUGCACACCCACGACAACGUUCACAUCCUGGACACGCUGGUCAGCAGGGUCAACACACCUUUCCAGCUUGGUACAGUGUCCCUGGCGCUCUUCAGGACUCUCAUUGGUCUUUUCUGUGAAGAUGUUAUGCUGCAGCUGGUGUUCAGGUAUCUGAUCCCCUGCAGCCAUCUGAACAGGAAACAACGCUGCUCCUUAAAGCAGAGGGACUGUUAUUCCUCCAGUGCUGCCUCUUUCCUCCUCCUCAUGCCGUCCUGGUGCCCGGUAUACCUCCACAACUCACACUCAGAACACAUCCACUGGCCCAAAGGAGCAGAUCUUUCAGUAUCGGACAGCGUCGGCUACUGUCGCGGUUCAGACUUUCUGAUGGAUGUAAACUACCUCCAUUACCUCUGGGAUGCCCGCCAGGCAAUUUCCACUUCCCACCGGGCAUGUCGGCUCUGGUCAGCUCCAUAUGACGGUAUCGAUCCUCUGCCUCAGGAGUACCGAUCUGACACUCCUGGGGAUGACGUAGAAGACGAAGAAGAGAUCACAGGGCGAGUCAAGAGUGACUCCAUUGGCUCUUUGGUUAUCACUCCUCCGCCUUCAGCUCUUUCCCCAACCCUAUCCUCCUCAGACACUGUCUCAACUAGCAACCAAGCGGGACGAGCCAGCUCUACCUUGGAGUUGGAGUGGGACGACAUUUUUGCAGAUGAGGAUCUUUCGUCAUCACCAGCGAUAAACAUGGUGCUGUCAAAUGGUGGGCUCACUGCAGAGACCGAAAGCCGAUGCACUCCCCCGCUGCCUCCCAGACACAUCCAGGAAAUGAAACGGAGUGCGAAUAAGCUGGUGCACGGUUCAUACAUUGAGGAAUCAGAGUUUCAGGACGACGUGCUGGUCUACGAUCUCGUUGCUCAAAAAGACACAAAGGCGGCCAUUUUGGAGCGAAUCAUGGCAGCAAAUCGGCGAGCCCGUGGAAGCAUCUCCAAAGGCCAGCGAGUGUCAACAGCAAUGCCGAUGACAACCUGGAGGACGGUCAUGGAAACUGUUAACAGCAUUAUGUCAACAAGAAGGAGGAGUGAGGAUGGAGGGAAAGAGGAGAGACGGUGGAGUGAGGAUUAUGGGAAGGAGGUGAGAAGGAGGAGGAGUGAGGACUGUGCCAACAGGAUGGAGGAGGAAGAGUUUGAGAUUACAAGGAUAACUAGUCAAGGAGAGCCACGGGGACAUCAACCCUUCGCCAACAGUUCUGAUGUUAAGAAUCACAUCAUCGACGAAUGUGAUGAUGCUGAGGAAGACGGGUGGCAAAACUGUAACCUGAGUGACCUCCCAGCUUGCAACAAUCACAUGCACACAACACAACAACUGCACAAACCUCAAUGUUUAGCAGCAACAACCACUUUACACAAUGGCCAUGCUGAAUCUGACCCUUCUGUGUCCACAACCAAUGCCAAGUCUCCAAGUCUGCCCGAGAACAAAGUCACUCACAAUAACAACAACAACUUCCUGUCCCAGUACCGUGAGCUCAUGCUGUCUUUAGGGGUGGAGCCAGACUGUGAUGACAUGAUAGAUGACAUGACCACAUUCAGGAAGCGAGUUCAAGAGCUGAGGCAGAAACUUGAGGAGGAAGAGGAAGAGCUUAGUGCUGGAGUUUAUUUCAGCUCCUCGUGGGGUGAUGAAGAGAAAGAAACGGAAGAGGUGAUGGAGGAAGAGGAGGAAGAGGUGGGGAGGAGCGCCACUAAGAAAGGGGGCAGGAGUCAUGGAGUUCCAUUUACAGGUCCUUUUAUCAGCGUCCUGUUGUCUCGGCUGGAGAACCUCCUGGAAAACACCAUAGCUGUGAACCUGCUCGUGACAGGAAUCUUGGCACAGCUGGCGUCGUACCCGCAACCUCUCCUGAGGUCCUUCCUGCUCAGCACAGACACAAACAACCAGCCCAACGUACGGACACUCUACCAGGUGUUGGAGUCGGUGCAUGCCCAGAUAGAGCGCUACGUCACAGCCAGACCAGACUACCCGGCCCUGGUCACUGAGGCUUGGAGGUUCCUGUUGGUUAAAGACCAAGAUGGCAAAUUCAGAGAAAGCCUCCAGUCUCAGGGCGGAAACGUCAUCCUGGAUCCAUCUCUUCCCAAUGGCUCCGUGAGGACCGCCCUGGCUUUGCCUCCCCUCAGUGCCCUGCCGCCCUGCCCUCCUAUUCCUGCCCAAGCCAAGAGCCGAGUAUUUGCCAUCAUCCUGUUUGCCGAAUUCCUGAAGGAGUUGGCCGCCAUCGCCCAGGAGCACAGCAUCGCACUGGGAUGUUCUUCUGAGGAAUAAUACUCAACAAAUUAAUUCACAGAAGAUUUCUUUUUACAUCAUGUGUUGAACAAUUUAAGUGGAUUUUACAGCGAACAUAUAAACCUGUAUGAGCCCUAUGUACAGUAUAUUCCUGGGAGCACUUGAAGAUGUAUUUGAAGGAGAUUAUAUUGAAGAGAAAUCAAGUUUUAAUUUUUGGGGUCUGUACAAAUAGUUUUGUUAAUUCUAGUUGCACUAAUAUGUUGAGGCAACCCCUUGCUGCUUUGGAUGCAAUAAAUAAAUAAAUGUUAAAAAUGAAACUAACCUUAAAUACACUGAAGUGACUUUACAGUAAAUGGACCUAAAAGAUAACAAGUUAGAAUAAUGUACAUUCAAUAUUUUUGAAUUAAUGUAACUUAAUGAACAUACUUUUCAUAAUUUUUUUCAGGCACUACGCUUGCUGGUUAUUUGAAGAUAAAUCAAGUUUUGGACAUGUUUUUGGGGUCUGUGAAAAUCAUUUUGUUAAAUCUUUGCACUAAUUUGUUGAGCAUAAAUUGUAAAAAGAAAAAUCGUAAAAUAAACGUUCAAAUCACUGGCAGCAGUGGCUGUAAAUAAAAAUGAAAAUGAAAUAUUUUGAUAAUAAUUAAUAAAAAGUGAAAAUGAGCUGAAAAUGACAACAAGUUUUAUUGCAGAAUAAAAGACAAAAAAAUAAUCAUUGUAAAACAAACUUUAACUUGACAUGUUCACAAUUAAUGUUUGAGUAUGUAUGAAAUGAAUAUGUAAAGCCAUCUUGAAAACUUGCAUAAGUACAAUCUAAGCACAACAUUCAGUGACUUCUGUAGGUUUUUACGUUCAAACUUCAGGUAAAAUAUUUAGAUUGUUGUCAUAUGUUUUAUAUUUUUGGAGCAUGUUUACACCUGAAGGUCGUGAUAAUAAUUCUGGAGAAAUCUGUCAAACAUCUUUUCUCUGCAGGAUACCAUUUUUUUCCCCCCCAUGGACGUUUUACUUGAGUGAUUUUUUUUUUUUUUUUUUUUUUAAAUCUUACGAUAUUUAUUUUUACAGUGCACAAUACAAACUUGAAAAUUAAGCACAAUUGUGUUUAACUUUUAAAUGACUGUAAUAAAUAGUAAUAAUAAUCUAUUUUGUAUAAGCCAACGUUAUAAUGCAAUAAAGAAAACAAACAGAACAAUUUAAGGAAAAGCAACAGAAAUAUCAAAAUUUUUCAGAAAAAACACUAAAUAAAUUUAACCAUAUAAAACAAACGAGCUGCACUCGACAGUUCUAACUCCAGUUAAGUGAGCUGACUGAAUCUUUAACAUGGCAGACAUAAAACAUGGGAAGAAACUUUUCAUUUGUGCGUUUUAUUCAUAAAAAUCUUGCUGCUUUUUCUUUUCUUUGAUUUUUUUUUUUAUUGCUGAAAAUGAAACGAAGCGAGUCACAAACUGUGAAUCUAAAGCUUGGGUCGCGUCUUCCUGUCUAUGUUUCCUUUCGUCUGUAUGUGAGAGUCAUGACGGAGCCUUACGAUCUUAGUGCAAUAUACCGAGAUGUAAAUACAGUGGAUUCUGACUUUUGAUGUACAUUUUUUUUUCUCUUUUAAACUCCUGUUAAUGUUUGUGUGUUGAAUUAUUUGCGGUGUCCUGAAAGAGAAUUAAGUAGCGAUCAUUAUUAUUAUUUUUGUCAAGAUGAUGAAGAUUAUUAAAAAAGAUUUUGACCGAUUAA